AUGUACCACCCCUUCGGACCCCUCCCAGUUCCCGACUUUACUCCUCCCAUGCGGCACAUCAUGGCUGGCUUCGUCCCCGACGCCAUGGACUUCACCUCUCUCGAAGAGUCACCCCGCAGCAAAGCCACAGGAUCUUCCAUCGACGUACUCGCCGAGACUAAAAGAGAAGGUAUAAGCAUCAUCAAAGACCCCGGGCCGAAUAGUCGCCUGCUUGCGGCUCUUGGUCAUCACUUGCCGGCUCAUAUACGCGCUUCAAAGCACAUCACUGGGCUCAUGUCUUGGAAACAGGCUCUGGACGAGAUGGACGAUGAAUCGAAAGAUGCAGUACCUGUCUUCAUUGAACAAGACCUCUCGGACAGGAUGACCGAGACGUUUUGGGUAUAUGCAAACCUUGUUCUGAAGAGCAAAGUCCUAAACAAAAACCUCCGGGGCGUCUGGCAAUCGUGCAAAUCGAAGAAGGGUGGAGCUGCCAGCUGGGGGUUUGUCAGGAAGGCAGAUGCAAGGUUCAGGCACUCUCCCAGACCACCCUACCCAGCAUCGCCGGAGGCAACCCCGAUCUUGAGGGAAGAGUACAACGACUUCUGGAGGAGGCGUCAAAGCCGGGAGAAAUGA